UGGACACACUAAAAGAUGUGAAAUAUUAGCUAAAAAUAUUUAAUUUAAUGUCUUUUUAACUGCAUACUUGGAACAUCUCACUUGAUUUGCCUUUAAUUUACAAUCUGUACUAUCUUGUUUGUCCAACAUGUUUCGGAAGUCGUCGCUGUAAGAAGAAAGAACCGGCAGUUACGAACUCGUAGCAUGAAUCAGGAACAAGCCGAGGGAGAGUCACUCGAGUCUCAUGUGAAAGACCUUGUGCUAGAAAGAGAAAUUGGAAGGGGAUCGUAUGGAAAAGUGUACAAAGCUCUAUGGAAAGGAAAAGAAGUGGCAGCGAAAAGGUUUCACGCCGUUCUCGCUAAUGAUAGCUGCGGCCAAAUGAUCGACCACUUUAGAGAAGAGUUCCAGCGAGAAUGGGAUGCUCUCAAGUCACUCAAUCAUCCGAACGUGGUCAAAUUCCAUGAAGUUGUGUUUCCCAAGGGAAGAUUGCCUAUAAUUAUUACAGAACUUUUGCACUGCGAUCUGGAAAGGUUCAUUAGAGAAUCGAAGUCGUCCCCAAAAGUCCCACUAAUUAAUCUGAUAUGCAUAGCCUUAGACGUGAUUCAAGGUCUUCAGUUUAUGCAUGGCUUAGAAAAUCCAAUUGUCCAUCGCGACCUGGCGACAAAAAAUAUCCUACUAACAGAUACCGGCACUGCCAAGAUCGCGGACAUGGGCGUGGCUAAAGUUUUUGUCCAAGGGUACGAAAUGUAUGCAACUCCCGUGCGAGGCACACCAGUUUAUGCAGCACCAGAAACAUAUCCAGCUAUGGAGAAUUUUGAAAUCGUUAACAAUCCAAAGUAUGGUACCCAAGUGGAUAUAUUUUCUUUUGGUGUCAUGUUACUGGCCAUGGCUGUUGGUCAUGAGCCUAAAGUCUGGCCAAUUUCUCCAAUUACCAAAGGCGGGAAGAAGGUUAGUGAAUAUGAACGUCGCAAAGCUGACAUCAACGAGAUGGGAGAUCAUUUAGUACAAAGUUUAGUACUCAGGUGUUUGGAGAAUGACAGCAGCUGUCGUCCAUCUGCUAAAGAUAUCAAAAUAGAAUUAGAGAAGCACAAGUGGAACCUAGUGCGGCAUUCUGAGUCUUAUGAAAUGAAUGAAGAAGCUGUAAUUGAGAAGGUGCAGCGUCAACCCAGUUAUGACUACAAAUUUAAGAUCCUCUUCAUAGGUGAUAGGGGAGUGGGGAAGUCAUGCCUUUUUCAGCGCUUUCGAAACCCUGCAUAUGACAUUUUUAUGAGUACAAUGACCAUAGGCUUAGAAGUUGACAUUGAGUCCUUUAAGUAUGGCUCCAAGUUUGUACAUUUAGAAGUAGUUGAUACUGCUGGACAAGAGCAGUUCUUUGCAGUGCAAGCCAUGUAUUUUCGUGGAGUACAUGGCAUUUUUCUGGUGUGUGAUGUAACAAAUCGUGAAACUUUCCAGCACAUUUCCAGGUGGCUUGACCUAGCUCGCCUUUACUGCACUGAAACUAAUGCUUUGAUUAUUCUCAUUGGCAACAAAAUCGACCAAGGAGAGAAUCGCAAAGUUUCUCGUGAGGAGGGUGAAGAGCUUGCCAAAUGUCAUGGGCUAAGCUACUUAGAGGUCAGUGCUUUAGAUGUUGGAAAUAUUGAAGACAUGUUCAAAACAAUGAUUCAGCUUCUCACACGGUCUGUUGACCUUGGUACAAUUAAAAUUGAACUGCCUGAGACUGAUGAUAAGGUAAAGUUGAAGAAAGGUUCAAAGAAGUCCAAAUGCAAGUGUAACUCAACAUAAAAUGGCCAACAUUCCUCUGUGGGUGGAGAAUAGAUUUUUGUUGAACAUUACAUGUUGCAGUGUUUUACACUACAUGUUUGGUUUAUGUUGUAUGGAGGUAGUGGCCCUAACACUGCACGAGGUAGUGUUUAGGAGUAUCCUUUUUCCUGCAGGAGAGAAUGCUUCUCUGUCAUGGGUUACCCAUUGAUAUUUUGACAGUUUGCUUGAACAUGUUUAUACACCUUGAUGAAGAGAAGCUUUGUGAGAGGAGAAAGUGUCUCACCCAACAUGCAAAACCAUGAAACAGCCAGGGCUCAAAAAAGGCCCUUGACUAAAUUGUGAGUCCACAAGCCUGAUUAUUAAGCAGGAGCACACCACCUCAUAUGGCUUACUUAUUUUAACCCUGUAACUCUCAUGAGUCACCAAGACAGAACAAGAAUGAGAACAAAGGGAAAUAUCAAUGAGUAAUGGUAGUGGGACGGAGUGGAGUCAAAUUUGUUCUGUGAUCAUACAAGUGAUUAACAAAUCAAAUGACCAAAAAGUAUGAGUGCGAUUUGUCAGUUAGGCAUAUGAUUACAGACAGAAUUGGAUGAUAUUAAAUCCUGUUACCAAUUAAUCAAAACUAUGACAAAAAAACCAGAUUGGUUAUAUACUUUCAAACUUUUUGCUUCGUGAAAUGCAUGAUAACAGCACCCACACUUGAUGAGUACUAUCCAAUUACAAGUAUGAUGUGUACACUGUCCUUUUCAUGUUCGAUCAGGCUGGUGAUAACCAAUCAUGUUCCCAAAUUUUGUUAUAGUUUUAAUUGGGGAUUAUUAGUUGAUUUAAUACUGAAAUACUGACAUCAUAUGUAUUGUAUUGUAGACAGUAAGGAGAAUUAUUAAUGAUAUCUUGGAAGUGAAGGAUUAAGAAGUGGAGUGUGUUAUUAUGUUUUAACGACAGAAAACAAAUGGAAGCUUCAUGUAGCUUAAAACUGUGGUGGAGAUGCAAUAUGAAUUGCCUCAGCCUCAGCCUCAUCUUAGCUGUAGGCAGUCAACUUUUUGUCGAAGCAGAAAUUUAUGUGAAAGUUCCACCAUUAAUUAAUUCCUCAUGUUCUCUUUAAGAAAAGACUUACCAGUUCUAACUGAUUGUGGAUAUUUCUCUGGAGGAGCUUUAAAGAGAGACAUGGGAUUUUUUAAGUUUUUUAAAGUUUUUUUUAAUGCACUGCCUCAGAAGCCUCCUAUGCAACUGUUUUUUGGUCUUUCCAUGGCAAAAACCUAUUCCCCUUUCCUACCAGAUAGUGUGUUACAUGACAACACCCAAUGAAGAACAUGAAGAAUGUUGAAUGUAUAUUGGAGAUGUU